GCCAUAUUGAUUCGUCGAAGAAAUCCCCGAAUUUCGCCCUGUCCUGCACAAAAACUAUCGGUAUACCUUCUAAUCUACUAAUAUUCUAAUAUAUCGAAUGGUAGAAAGACUAGACAUUGUCAUUUCAACCCUGUACACCAAGUUGAAAUUUACACUGAUUUUACAGCCAAGGCUCCUGCCUCAGGUAUAAAGCUCUCCGACGAUCCCCGUUGAGAAGAUUGGUUCACAACGCCGUACUCACCCCUGUAUCCCAUCACAUCCAGUAUUACAUUGAGGCUUAUCACACACAAUGGCGGAUGAGCAGAGUUUUGACAAUAGCAACGGAAACCAGGACGAUGGAACCCAAGGUUAUGGUGGCCAACAGUCUUGGGACUUUCAGGGUCAGAAACGCAAGCGAGAGGGUGACGACUAUGGUACCGACUCCAAGCGAAGAAAUGACGACAGCGAGGAAAAGAUUCCCGACUCGACCAAAUAUGAGUUGCGGAUAUUACUCCAGACGAAGAAUGCUGGUGCUGUGAUCGGGAAGGGUGGGGAGAACAUCGCCAAUCUGAGAUCUAAGUAUCAUGCCGGUAUCUAUGUUCCCGAUUGCAAAGGCUCUGAACGAAUCCUCACUAUCCAGUGUGGCUACGUUCAGGCACUUGAGUGUUUGAAUGAGAUCAUACCAUGCCUUGAAGAUUACCAAAAAUUCAAGGGCCAGGAGUCGUUUGACUGUGAACUGCGUAUGCUCGUGCCUCAGACGCAGAUUGGCUGUGUGAUAGGAAAGAAGGGCUUCACUAUCAAAUUGCUGCGCGAAGAGACGAAAACGAAGAUCCGCGUUUACCCAGAAUGCUGUCCACACUCGACCGAUCGUGUUGUGUCCAUCUUUGGCGAGCGGAGUUUGGUGAUAACGUGUCUCAGGCGGAUCAUUUACAAGAUAUUAGAGCAACCUCCCAGUCGUGGUCCCCAUGAUCUUUACGACCCCAGGAAAGUUAAUCCAGAAAUUGAUUACGUCAAUUAUGAAGAAUAUGGCGGUUACAUGCCCGAUAGGCGUGGCAGCGGAGGCGGUGGACGCGGUGGUGGCGGAGGUGGUUAUGGUGGCGACAUGGGCGGUGGUUUCGACGGAGGAUGGGGAGGCGGCCGACGAGGCGGACAUGGACACCGAGAUCUGGGAGGACGUGAUGGCGGACGUGGCCGUCGUGAUAUGGGCGGACACCAGGGCCAUGGAGGACACCAUGGGCCGGGAGGUCCACGGGGUCACGGUGGAAGCAGAGGUGGUGGAGGUGGCCCACGAGGCAGUGCUGGCAACCAGAAUUUUGGCAUAAGGAAUGAUUUUGAUAUGAGUUUCAACCAACAAGGACCAAGCAUGGUUGGGCACGGCAUGAGAAACAUGUCUGGUCCAAACAUGGGCCCAAACAACAUGGGCCCAAAUAACAUGGGCCCGAAUAACAUGGACGGCAACAUAGGUGGUGGUGGCAUGAACCAGAUGAGUGGAAACAUGAAUAACCAGAUGGGAAGUGGCAACAUGAGCGGUGGAUUGACUAGCCUUAUGUCGCAAUCAAACUUCACCCAGGAUACCAUGAGUGGAUGUGGUAACCAGGGCAUGCUGUUCGGCCAGAAUCAGAUGAACCAAGGCAAUUCCAAUAACCCUCCUGGUGCACAAACACAGCGUGUCAGCAUCCCAAAACAUCUGGCAGGUGCAAUUAUUGGCCGUGGUGGCAGUCGAAUCCAAGCUGUACGAGUCCAGUCCAAGGCCUGCAUCACGAUCGACGAGGCGCCAUCUGGCAGCACAGAUCGUAUCAUAACCAUCCAAGGAAGCCCACAGGAGAUUGAGAACGCCCAGUAUCUCCUGCAGAAAUGCGUCCACGAAAACACCGCUGACCACGACCACCACGACUUCUAGAGCGAAGAUGACCAUUCCGGGGUGUGUGUAGGCUACCAGGAACCAAAAUUGUUGGACAUAGCUCAGGACUGGGCUCCUGGAACAUGUUAUCUUAUUUCAAAUUCUGUAUAACUUCUCUUGACUCUGAUGGGUGAGAAAACAACUAGAGAACUGUUUUGAUUUCCUUCUUUGUCUAAACCUUUGAGGGCUUGGGUAUCUUUGAGAGAUUAGUGAUUAAGUGUAUGUUGAUUGUGGACCAUUUCGUCAAUCCUACUGCUUAUUUGAAACUGCUUGUGUUUGUUUCAGUUGGAAAACAUUUAUUCUUUUUAUGUAUGAUGAUGCUAAAGAUGCAUUUUUCCGGAAAAAAAGAAUUUGAAAAUAUCAAAUUUGUCAAACGGUGUGGGAAAAUCCAUGAAAUAUCUUUCAGGAAUGUUUUUCUUUUUAUGUAAUUUUAAUAGAAGUAUAAAGCCCUAAAAAACUAUUUAAAUGUUGUGCACUGGCAUAGUGUGUGUGUCUUACCCAUCAGGUCAAGGGAUUUUGUUUUUCAUGUGCAUUAUAAUUAAAUGUUUGUGGAUAUGUAGAGGUACGAGAUCUUGCCAGGGCGCAUUUCUCCGUUGAAUUUGAUGGCAUGAUUUUAUCGUCUUCGUCAAUAUGAAUAAAGUAUAUAUACGGAAGAGUUGUUAUUUUAUGAAAGACUAGGUAACGAAUGCACUGAUGUUGAUGAACACAUUUUAACUGCAGAAAACAUUUAUCAGAAAUACACAAAAAGGCCGGCCUGAUAGUGCCGGCGUGUUUGUUUUUGGUAAAAGUUUGUAUUUUUGGGAUGAGAUUGCUUGAUAUUGGCUCCAGUUGUAUGCCACUAUUUUGACAGAUAGCCGCUGGGGGAUUUUCUGUUCAAAGUUUGCGUUGGCUGAGGACUUGGGUUGCCUUACGGUGUAUCACUUCAAUGAGUGCCUGACUCUAAACAAGAGAGGCUCCAUGCUUCCUCAAUUUAAUAUCCGUGGAAGCAUGGACUCUCUGCUACAGAAAUGUAAUGGGAUGUAAAACUGUGGUCAAUAUCGGUAGUAUUCUCCCGAUGUAAGUUUAACAUUGUGUGAUAAACAUUUCAUUGAACUAUGUGCAGUUAGUGUCCCCACCCAGGUACCUGGAGUGUAAUGUGAGUUGAUUGAUUUUCAUUCACAUUUCCGCCCCUCGUUGUUAUUACCAAAUCUGUUCCCUGUUCUUUCCCUGUAUCCCACAAGUUGCAGGUUCGACAUUUGUUAACGGUACCCCUAAACCUGUUUGUCAUCGACAAAAGGGGACGCUUACUGCACAAGUUUUGGAGAACUGUUUUCACUUGUUUUAUUAAAAACUUGUUGAAAUGGUCUUUCUUAUCUGUUGUGUCUCGGUAUCCUCUUGACUUCAUGUUAAGGUGUCUCGAUCCGAUCUCUUUUCUUGUAGAAAAGUUCACCUGUCGCUUUCUUUCAUCUAACUCGGAAGCGAGAUAAGAAUAUGGGUUAGUACACUUAGCGCUUAGGACUGGCGACAACUUCUGUUGCCAUGUGCAGGAUAAAAAAAUUUCCGCAGAAUUUUGCAAAGGGUCGAAAAAGAUUUUCUCAUUGAUAAAAAAAACUGAAUUGAUCCAAAUUGUUCAUAACAAAGUGCCGUAAUAAUAUGGUCAGUUUUUAGCAAACAGAUGAGAUUUUCAAUUGCAUUCUCGUCUAAAAUGCACCAAACCGGUUAGUUCCUUCAUAUAGUGUCCUUAAAAUGUCAAAAAUCAGGGAAUGACCCGUGAAAUUUAUUUUAAUUUAUUUUUUACUCCCAUUUGUACCUUAUCCAGUAAAAAUUACUAUAAAAUGAUCCAAUUGCAUUCCUUGGGAUUAGGUAGUCCUAAAUCUUUGUUAUCUUCUCAAACGUCUGUUCACAGCAGUAUUGAUUUCAACUCUGCUUGAUCUAUUUUAUCUGUAACUGUGUGUACAUGCAUGCUCCUAUAGUUUGAUUCUUUACAACUUGGCACACUUUCUGGACAAAGCUGUAAAGCCAGAUGUACUCACGAGUUGGAUCAUCUUGUCAUGAAUCAGACAACUACAAAGCUAUGGUACUGGUAAAUUGUCUAUGUUUUCAUCAACAAAAUAUUGUUUUCAAUCAGCAGAGCACUUGAAUUGGUUAAAAGUUCUUGCAAAAAUAGUGUGUGAAGUCUACACUAAUGUUUUUUUACAAUGAAUUUGGGGAUGGGGUUAUUUUUGGAAAGUCUGAAACUUCGCUUCGGAUGGUGAAAAAAGAAAUUUUGCCGCACAACUGCCAAAAUCAAAAUUGAUUUCGGCGAAAGUUAUCCGUAGGAACAUUUAAUUGUACCCGUCUUCCUUUCUUUGGUGAUUCGUUGCAAUUAUUCGUUUAACUGCCAAAUCGAGUAGGCCCUGCUAAGUUUAACGGUUGAUUAUAGUGUAAUACAUGGCCCUAUAUUUUUACACCCCGAGCAUAAUUCACCUAGAUCAUUUUAUCUGUAGAGUAUUGAUUUAUAUGUUAACACGUGCGUUCUGAUUUUAAUCGUAGACUACGUUGAGUAUCCUUGUAGAGUAAUCAUGCAUGUUUCAUAUCAUUAAGAUUGUCUCCAAGAGAUUUUUCAUUUGUCAUAGUAUCAUAAAAACUCUUGUUGUUGAAGUUUCAGUCUGGUACUAAUAACUGUCUUCUAUAAACUCGUUCAUGAAAUUCUAAUCACAAUACUUUCCUUUAUUGCGAUAAUUUCUGGCAUUAUUUUUUCUAACGUUCUCGAUUUAUUGGUUGGAACAAUCCAAAACAUCCAAAAUCAGUUUAAUAGCCGAGACGCAUUAAAAAGGUGAGUUUUUCAUGAAAGUGAACCUUUAAUUUUGAAAUAGAGUCAUUCUUUUGGAGAAUAUAUUAAUCAGAUUUCACUUCGACAUUUGUUAUAAGAACCAUCUACAUGUAUAUGACUGGUCAGUUUCUCCACCUUGGAAAAAUCCUCUAUUCUAGCAAGUGUCUCUCAAUUUCCUUCAAAAUUGACUUAUUCGAAUGUUUUUGUUUUCUUUUUGUAUUAGUACAUUUAAUGAUAUGCUACAUAUUCUGACCUUAUGCAUUCAUUACAGCAAAAGUCAUCAACAACACUUUUUCUCCAGGCAUCUAAUGCCUGCCACAUGAAAUCUAAAAAUCAUAAUUUUUUGGAUUUCUUGCUUUAAUAGAAGCUGUGUCAUUGAAUUGUUAUCACAUUGGUGGAGGACUGGCCUAAAAGGAAUAUAAUAUGUUACCAUUGUAGAUCAGAGAAUGUUAAUAAAUUUGAUUUGUACUUUAA